GGACACGAAGGAAACGACGGCGGGUGGCUCGAUUUGGAGGAGUGGGGCCAUCCUCACGCAUAACACCCGUCCAGUGGGCGACGAAUUCUUUUUGGAUGAUAGAACUUUGGUCGGUGGACGGAAGAAAUGGGUCGUGGAGCGCUCAUUCUUGCUCGCGUGGACGUCAAAGUUAAGGCGCCGCGCUUCCGCCAAGCGUACGGCGGAGGCUGUCUUUUCUCGUGAAAAAUGCGAUUUGACGUGGCGGUGGGCUUCUUGGAGGAACCUCCGUGUACGUUUCUUCCAAGCAUGCCACACAACGCCUGGGUUUUGUGCGUCGCGGAGGACGACGAGGAGUCUUGAAGCCUCCGUCGCGAUGGCCUCUCGCACCUGAGGCACGAGUGUGUGGAUCGCAUGUCGCCAGCUACGUGUGCGUCCGGCCGUUUGUAGUCGCUAGAGACGUAGCAGUCUCUGACAAGGGCCGCAAGCCACUCCAAACAGUUGAUUCGGCCCACGGAUGAGAUCUCCCAUGACUACGUGUAUGCUGUCCUCUGGAAAGUCGCGUGGCAGACUGUCGUAAAAUGCGACCCGUUCUGUUGGUUGAACAGGGGACGUCGAGCUCGGUCAGAUACCGGAGGUCCCGGAAGCCUGGGACUGUGUCGUCAAAGACCAGGGCGACGCCACCGCUACGAUGCGCUGUGUCCUCAUUUAGCGCGGGGACAUACUCGGGGUUGGCACGGGGGUCGUUCACAGCAAUGAAGCAUUUCCCGUGCCCGAGAGCGUGUUGAAUGUGGUAGGUGAAAGUGGACAGGUGAUGACUUUCUUUCAGUUUCGUCUCUUGUAACGCGACAAUGUUUGCCUUGCGCAUGAUGCGCUCGACAAAAGUAUGGCCGUUGUCGACGGGGGUGAUGCCGUUGAUAUUACAGGCGGAACUUAGUACCGACGCGCUGGCAGCGCGAGACCCAGUUGGACUAGUCGAAGGAUACAACGUGAUGCCAUUCACGCAUGGCGAUCAGCUGCAUCACGAAUCCAUGGUUGGGAUGAGCAGCAAAGUGUUUGGAGUGAGGAGGCGGCCGCUACCAGAUGGAAGCCAGAUUACUGGUUGCCCGGUCAAGCACAGCAACCAUGCAUCCUUCUGGAAGAAGGAACCGGGGAAGGGGCACGGGAUCGCUUGCGUCAUUUACAGCAUCCGCGAGAAGUUCCUCGCGGCGGUGCUGCAAUUGGCCAGACCCAAGCUUCGAUUUCCCAUAGAAGUGCUUGGUGAGAUUUUGCCAUGACAUGUAGUGCCACAUUGGCUGAUAGGUGCUUCUUUUGGACCUGGGUCCACACUCUGUAUGGCCUUAAGAACGAGCUCAGAUAUGUCACUGAGGUUAUCAGCGACCGCCUCUGCAAAGUCGCUCUAGUGUCAUCGAUUCGACGUCGAAUGACAGGGUGCUCUGGACUUGGUGCAUUGUAGUGACACAUUGGUUGCGAGUCACGUCAGAUAUCUCCUGCCGAUGAAAAGUAGGAAUCAUUGUGACGAUAUCCUGGUCUUUCCUCCAUUGGAGGGUGUCAAAUCCUCCAGUGUGGGCGCGAAGGUCGUCAAAGAAAUUCGGCGUCGCAUAUCCCGCCAGUGUUUUUGGCGGUGAGCGAGUCGGUUCCUUGCGUUUCCUGCGUCCCGACAACACUUGUGACUGGUCCGAUAGCGCCGGUGGAAGUUUCGGGUCGAAUAGACUGCUGAAGCGUCGAAUCGAAUUGCCGUAGUUGAGGCCGAAUUUCUGAGGCUUGGUGCUCUUUUUGGCCAUUUUUGACGUGGCCAUAAUGGCAUUUCCAAUUACCGACGAUUUUGGGCCAGGGGUGUUGACAGUUUGAUCGUCCGGUGUCCUCGUGUGGGCGCUUUACCUCGAUGUCCACACAGUGCGACGAGACCCUGUUAACCCCGUGGAAUGGAGUCCCUUUAGUUCCUUUCAAGUACACACGGUAGUAGAACCGCUGGGAUAGCCGCGUCCGAGAAAUAGAUACGCCAUGCGUUCGUGUGGCACCCAGUCCCAGGAAUGACAGCACGAUGGCUGUGGUAGACUACAUCGACGCCGAGCUGGGUCAGCUUGCGGGGGUCCAAUGAGUGCUCCUCCUGCACAGGGAUGAGGUACUUCUUGCCCAUAAUUGACAAGGUCUGUCCCCCAAGUGCUUUGCGGGCAUUUGAAGUUGUCACUGAAACCAUAAUUCCACCACGUCCGAGUCGAAUGACUUGGACGAACUCAGAAAGCAGCGAUUUCACGGUGUCUGUUUGCGCACUAGCAAAGAGCGAGGACAUAAUGGCCUCGUGCGACUGGUUAGCAAGUGCAUAACCAG